GUUUUUAUGCUAAUUUUAGCGCUCCGGUAGCUUACAAAAAAAUUAAGAGAAAAGAAACCUACUUUAGUCAAGUUUUAAAACAAAUUCUUCGAAAAAUUAGCGACACUAACAUUCAAAAAGGUGUGAAUUUAUUUUUAAAGUUCGAAGAUCGAAAGUUUGGAUGAGAGGUUGAGAGAUGUCAAACGGUAAACGACCAAUCAGCUAAGCCCACGAUAUUUUUGCGUGAGAGCAGUCGACAUCGACUUUAGGAUGAGCUGUACUUGCGAGCUCAGACAGCUGAGUGAGAAUCAUGCGCUAGUAUUUAUUUUAAAUCUCUCUUCCUCCGUGUAACUUAAUCGCCAAGAUGACUGGCUCUCCUUCGGUGUACCAGCUAAUUUCAUCCCUGUAUAUUCUCAUCUGCGCUACGAGAAAGUUGAUCGGAGUGGCCGGCGUCAACCAAGCCGAGGUCGAGGGGCACCUAGAAUUGGGACGGCAGUUGCUGUCCAAAGGACAGUAUGCGGAUGCGCUUUCGCAUUACCAUGCAGCUGUUGAGGGGGACCCAGAGAACUACCUAAAUUAUUACAAGCGUGCCACAGUGUUCCUGGCGCUGGGCAAGUCCAAGCCUGCACUGGAAGACCUUCAUGAGGUCAUAGCCCUCAAGCCAGACUUCUUGGCCGCAAGGCAUCAACGAGGCACAGUGCUGCUUAAGCAGGGGAACCUCGACGAAGCUCACAUAGACUUUGAAUGGGUGUUGCGGCUGGACCCCAACAACCCCGACGCGCACCGCGCCUACACGUCCAUCGAGCCCCUGAAGCGGGACAUUCAGAUGGCUCAGGACAUGAUCGCCGACCGCAACUACGUCGGUGCCAUCGAAGUGCUCACCAGAGUCAUUACGGAGUGUCCCUGGGACGUGACUCUGCGGGAGAUGCGUGCCUCGUGUUACGAGAACCUCGGGGACGUGAUGAACGCCAUCAUGGAUCUCCGGCCCACCACCAAGAUGGUGCCGGACAACACGGUGGGCUACCUCAAGCUCAGCAAGCUCUACUACAAGCUUGCAGAGGCCGAGGAGUCCCUCAACGUGAUCCGCGAGUGCCUGAAGCUGGACCCUGACCACAAGGACUGCUUCAGCCACUACAAAAAGGUCAAGAAGCUGGCAGGGCAGCUGCGUAGCAUCCAGGACCUGAUCGGCCAGUCGCAGUACGCCGAGUGCGUAGACAAGUGCCGGGCGGCCCUGCGUACGGAACCAGACGUGCCCCAGCUGGUGCAGCACGUGCGGGGCCGCAUGUGCCACUGUCACAGCAAGGCCGGGGACGUCCGGGAGGCCCUGGAGACGUGCAGCGAGGCCCUCAAGCUGGACCCCAACGACCUGAGGGCCCUGUGCGACCGGGCAGAGGCGUACCUCAACGACGGGCAGUACGACAACGCCAUGCACGACUUCCAGCAGGCCGCCAACGCUGACGAGCACUCGUGUGGGCCCGAGGGCCUGAAGCGUGCCCAGCGCUUAGAGCGGCAGAGCAAGAAGCGUGACUACUACAAGAUCCUUGGGGUGAAGCGCACGGCGGCCAAGCGGGAGAUCCUGAAGGCGUACCGCAAGCUGGCCCAGAAGUGGCACCCGGACAACUACCAGGGAGACUCCAAGAAGGACGCCGAGAAGAAGUUUAUUGACAUCGCCGCCGCCAAGGAGGUGCUCACAGACCCCGAAAAACGCAAGCGCUUCGACAGCGGCGAGGACCCCUUGGACCCUGAAUCUCAGCAGGGCCAGGGCUUCCACCCGUUCCACCCGUUCCAGGGUUCCCACCCCUUCGGCAGCGGGUCUGGAGGCGGCUUCACCUACAAGUUCGUCUUCAACUGAUCUCCGCCUUGCAACACCCUCCCCGCAAGGACAAACUGCCAUACCAAAACGGCACGGCACGCACAGUCCCUUCGACGAGCCUCCCCCCCCGACCUCGCCACAUAAAAAGACGGCUCCAACGAGGAAAAGGAAAGCGUGUGGUGUCGUCCACGCAGGUGGUGCCAGGGACGCUCAGCGCCAUGGUGCCCCUUUUUUUCGACAAACGCUCGACUCUCGUCUUUCUCUUGUACAAAGCUUUUCCGACAUUCUUUUUUUUUUUUUUCCCGAAUGGUUGGUUGCACGGCAAUGAGGCCGCGUGACUUGUACAUAAAACGUUUGUUAGCUUUGCUUUAUAAUAAAGCAAAUUUACGCAUUUUUGGACGCAUUCGUCUUCGCUGCCGGUGCAAAAUGGCGCAGGACGCGUCUCCGGCUUGGAGAAAAAGGGGAGGGUAGUGUUUCUAUUAUUUUUUUUUAAAGAGAGUUUGGUGCCCUUUUUGCGCAAAGUAAGAACGACGGGUUGUUCCAGCGACUCUUUUGGGUCUAGUCCGUCAUCUGCCAUGCGAAAACGAUUUUAAGAAUGUAUAAACAAACCUAGCUGUGGUGCAGUUACGCGCCGUUUUUUCGACAAAAACUGUUUUUUUUUCGUUGCCAUACUAGGAAAUAAACAUUGUUUCCUUGUCUUAA